UGGUUGGCAGGAAGUGAAGGGACUGGGACCGGAAGUAUGAGCUGGAGGGUUUGAGAGGCCAGGGACCAGGCAGAUUUAGAGACGUUUCUGGAAACACCGGAGGCUCUGAGUGCCUUUGAGAUCGACCGAUAAAACCCCAGGGUGGGAAAGAUGCUGAAAAAGUUCGACAAAAAGGACGAGGAGUCUGGUGGGGGCUCAAACCCAUUCCAGCACCUGGAGAAGAGUUCUGUACUGCAGGAGGCUCGAGUGUUUAACGAAACUCCCAUCAAUCCUCGGAAAUGUGCUCAUAUUCUCACCAAGAUCCUGUAUCUGAUAAACCAGGGGGAGCAUUUGGGUUCCAUAGAGGCUACCGAGGCAUUCUUUGCCAUGACCAAACUCUUCCAGUCAAAUGAUCCCACCCUACGAAGGAUGUGCUACCUGACUAUCAAAGAGAUGGCUACCAUUGCUGAGGAUGUCAUCAUUGUUACCAGCAGCUUGACAAAAGAUAUGACAGGGAAAGAAGACAAUUAUCGUGGACCUGCUGUAAGAGCGCUGUGUAAAAUUACUGAUAGCACCAUGCUCCAAGCCAUUGAACGUUACAUGAAGCAGGCGAUCGUGGACAAGGUGCCCAGCGUCUCCAGCUCCGCAUUGCUUUCCUCCUUGCACUUGCUCAAGACUGGCUUUGAUGUGGUGAAACGUUGGGUGAACGAAGCUCAGGAGGCAGCCUCUAGUGAUAACAUUAUGGUGCAGUAUCAUGCUCUGGGGUUACUGUACCACAUCCGGAAAAAUGACCGGCUCGCAGUUAACAAGAUGGUGACCAAGUUCUCACGCCAGGGCCUGAAGUCACCAUUUGCCUAUUGUAUGAUGAUCCGCAUCGCCAGUAAGCUGCUGGAGGAGGAUGACAACAGCCGUGAUAAUCCACUGUUUGACUUCAUUGAGAACUGCAUGAGGAACAAGCACGAGAUGGUAGUCUAUGAAGCAGCUUCUGCUAUUGUCAACCUGCCAAACUGUACAGCCAAAGAACUGGCCCCUGCUGUCUCUGUGCUGCAGUUGUUCUGUAGUUCACCUAAAGCAGCCCUGCGAUACGCAGCAGUGAGGACACUCAACAAGGUGGCGAUGAAGCAUCCGUCAGCCGUGACUGCGUGCAACCUGGACCUGGAAAACCUGGUGACGGACUCGAACCGCAGCAUUGCCACCCUUGCCAUCACCACCCUGCUUAAAACGGGCAGUGAGAGCAGCAUUGACCGCCUCAUGAAGCAGAUCUCCUCCUUCAUGUCUGAAAUCUCAGACGAGUUCAAGGUGGUGGUGGUACAGGCCAUCAGCGCGCUGUGCCAGAAGUACCCACGAAAGCACUCUGUGAUGAUGAACUUCCUGUUCACCAUGCUGCGGGAAGAGGGUGGAUUUGAGUACAAGCGUGCCAUCGUGGAAUGCAUCAUCUGUAUCAUCGAGGACAACCCGGAGAGCAAGGAGACGGGGUUAGCUCACCUCUGUGAGUUCAUCGAGGACUGUGAGUUUACAGUCCUUGCCACGCGCAUCCUUCACCUGCUCGGGAGGGAAGGGGCCAGGACCCCCAACCCUUCGAAAUACAUUCGCUUCAUCUACAACCGGGUCAUCCUGGAGAACGAAGAGGUCCGGGCUGCUGCUGUAAGUGCUUUGGCGAAGUUUGGAGCCCAGAAUGAAGAAAUGUACCCAAGUGUAAGCGUUCUGUUGAAGAGAUGCAUGAUGGAUGAUGACAACGAAGUGCGAGAUCGAGCCACCUUCUACCUGAGUGUGCUGGAGCAGAAACAGAAGGCUCUGAACUCCGCCUACAUCCUCAAUGGUCUACAAGUAUCCAUUCCAGGCCUGGAGCGAGCGCUGCACCACUACACGCUGGAUCCAACUGAGAAACCCUUUGACCUGAAAUCAGUUCCGCUGUCGAUGGCUCUCAUCUCUGAACAGAAGCCGGAAAUCUCUCCAGCAGCUGCAGUCAAAAUGCCAGAGAAGGUGGCAUCAAGCAGGCAGGACAUUUUCCAAGAACAACUUGCUGCCGUCCCAGAGUUCAAAGACCUCGGCUCACUUUUCAAGUCGUCGCCCAACCCUGUCCCCCUCACAGAAUCAGAGACAGAGUAUGUUAUCCGCUGCACCAAGCACACGUUCGCAAGUCACAUUGUUUUCCAGUUUGAUUGUACCAAUACCCUGAAUGAUCAAAUCCUGGAAAACGUCACAGUGCAGAUGGAACCCACAGAAGGUUAUGAAGUGGUGUGCUGUAUCCCAGCGGCCAGCUUAUCAUAUAACCAGCCAGGUAUCUGCUACACGUUGGUGACAUUGCCGGAAGAAGAUCCAACAGCAGUGUCCUGUACGUUUAGCUGUACUUUAAAGUUCACCGUGAAAGAUUGUGAUCCUAACACAGGAGAAGCUGAUGAGGAGGGAUAUGAAGAUGAGUAUGUGCUGGAAGAUGUGGAGAUCACUGUGGCAGAUCACAUCCAGAAAGUCCUGAAACCUAACUUUGGCGCAGCCUGGGAGGAGGUGGGAUGUGACUUUGAGAAGGAAGAGACCUUUGCCUUGUCGAGCAUGAAAACACUUGAGGAGGCUGUGAAUAACAUUGUUAACUUCCUGGGCAUGCAGCCAUGUGAGAGAUCUGAUAAGGUGCCGGAGAAUAAGAACUCGCACACGCUUUACCUAGCAGGCGUUUUCCGGGGAGGUCACGACCUCCUCGUGCGGGCCCGGCUCGCCCUGAUGGACGGCGUGACGAUGCAAGUGACCGCACGGAGUAAAGAUGAAGUUCCUGUCGACGUCAUCAUGGCCUCCGUUGGUUAGUUUCUUCCGUGAAGAAAAGGCUCUCGUCAAAUCGGGAAGGGCGAGAGGUUUCUAAGAAAGUGCCACAGUUCAUUAAUUUUAUUGCUAAUUAUGGGGGAAAAAAAAAUUCAAACUUUGGUCAGUGAUGCAAAAAAAAAACCGGAUGGUGUUGGGAUCUUUUGCGUCUGAAAACAGAUUUUGUGAAAUGGUCACUUGUAAUAAUAACUCGUACAAUUUUAGGAAAUGAGUAUCUGCAAAUCAGAGGGAAUUUUAAAUACCCUUCAUGUCUGUAUUGAGGACUUGUUACAUUAAAGAAAAACAGCAUAUAUAUUAUAUAUUAUAUAUAUAUAAACACAGACUAUCAUAUGGAGCACGUUGGCAUUAAGACUCUUUUUCCCAUCUGUUGAAUAAAAAGGCUUUUGUUAUUCCAAA